AUGUUAAAAUUAAAAUUUCCAAUUUAUUUUUUUGGUACUUUUUAUAGUUCGUUAAAAAAUGCUAUUAUAAAAAAAAAUAGUACUUUUACAGUAUACUUUAGUUCUUUUAAUUUGUUAUUGAGUUAUUUUUUAUUUAAAAAAAGGUAUUUUUCUAAUAUUAUGAUUUUUAAUUUAUUAAACCGUAGUUUUAUACACAUUACACUAAAUUAUCAUGAAGAAUGUAGUUCUAUUGUAAAUAUUUUAUCAUUUUAUUCAAAGAAAAAUAUAAAAACAGUAACAGUUAGUAAGUUAAGAGAUUUAAGUAGAUUAGAGCGUAGUUCUUUUAUUUUGUCUACGUCUCGUGGGAUAUUUAAUACGUCAGAUGCUAUUAUAAAUAAUGUAGGAGGGGUUAUUUUAUUUGAAAUAUAUUAA